GACUCAUUGAGGGAGGGUAUAGGAAAAAAAAUUACUCAUGCGAUAUUUUUUACUACUGUACAUCUUGGCUCCUCACCAAAGUCAAGAGACACUCAGCACCRUGGAGAACCUUCAAGCACUUUACAGGAGUGCCUUUUGAGCCGUUGCAGUGUCAGCAACAGUCAGAAGAAAAUGCAAACAUUGGCCUCAAUAGCACAGAAAGCAUGGGAAGUUUUUAUAUCUGAAAGGAAGCCUGGCUGGAAGUAUCAGAUGCAGCUUUUUGCCAUUUGCUUUGCAGUUGGUUUCCUCUCCAGCUUUCUUUUUUUCCUUAGCAUGCACUUCUCCUUGGCACACAACUCUCUGGGGCCAUUACUGAUUUCUGGAUUAAUCUGGGUUUUGCUUUCUAUCAUGCUCUUCUGUUUCAAGCACCUGCGCUGUUUUAGUGUCCUGUUCCUCCUUUCUUGUGGACUGAAAAAUGGCAGGGAUGCUCUUAUUACUGCUGGCAUGGGUGUUGUGGUGGCCAACAACAUCCAAAAUAUUUUUCACAACCUAAAGGUUCUGGCAGACAGUGUAACCUGUCAUUUAAAGAAUGAGCAAUUUGCCUUGAUAAAAUAUUAUGUUGAGGCAAUAAAAUGGAUUUACAAGGAGGCCAAGCUUCCUGCUGAGCUAUCUAAAGAUAUUGUGGUCCUAAAGCACAAAUUCACACCAUCUUAUUCCAUUUCAGAUGAUGCAUUAAAACAAGAGCUAAAUGACACAGAGCAAGAAAUCCAGAGAAUUGCUAACCAGAUAUCUUUUAUGUUGAAUAUACUGCCCUACAUCGGUCAGAAASUGCUGCCUAUAGUUGGGAUUUUUCUAGUUUCGUUUGGAACUGGCCUCUUUAUCAAAAAAUUUGUGGGUUGUCAUAGUACCAAAUUUAAGAAUACUUAUAUCACAAAACAGUUCAUUGCAUUUGAUGAGCACCAAAAGCAACAACAAAGACCCUGUCUUCUGCCACUUAACAGAAAAGAGAGAAAAGAUUAUGUGGCAAUCCCAUCUUUAUUCUUCACAAGGAAGGACAGGAAAAAAAUGCUGUUUUCUUUUCUUCCUGUAAUUAUUCAUCUUUGCAUCUGGCUUCUGUUUGCUGCAGUAGACUUUUUGUUUUAUUGGUUAAUUAUGUCUGUGAACAAAUAUCUCCAAGAAGUACCAGAUCUAGACAUUCAGCUCAGCCUCUCUCAGAAUAAGAAUGAGAACAGCUAUAUAUUUUUAAAGAAAGAACAUAUAGAAAAGAAUGGUUCUUUCAAGAUCCCUUUGUUUAAGCACAACUGCAUCCCUCAUCCCGAGCUCACUCUCUCCACGACAUGGAUCCAGCUUGGAGUCAUUGUCUUCUUCUUAAUCAUUUUUGGGCUAUUCUCUGGCCUCCUGACCCAACUUAAARUACUGGUGUCAACUUCCUUUUAUCCUGACACUGAGAUGAAACGGAUACAUUAUUUGCAUGCAAAAUUACUCAAAAAAAGAGCAAAGCUACGAGAGAAAACUGGGAAGAACAUGUUUGCAAGAACGGUAAACUUCUGGUUUCCAAUACUCAAGACAAGAGAGGCAGAAAGGAAGGACUGUAGCAGAAUGACAGCAUGAUGUCGAAAAGACCAAGUGAAUCUUUGGAAAUGKCUGGGAUGCUUUAGCUCCACUUGUGUUUUGUACCAUCUUUCCUAUGGAAUGUCAAUUUUAAAAUGUAAAAGUAUCAAACUCAGAGGCUGAACAGUAGUGUUUUGGAAAAGAUGACAUUGUGGACAGUGUGCAGCUCACCACAGAUUGCUUUUGAUUACAUUCUUACUUAUUUUUCAACUUGGGAUCUGCAUUAUCUUGUGCUUGAGAAAAUCACAGAUGAUCUGUUCCUCUGUCUAAAAGUAAUAAAUCAGUUUGGAGCUUUUAGGAUCACAGCACAAAUCCCUUUGGACAGAAGAUGUAAUUGUGACAGCAGGUUUGUCCUCACAUUUGACARACACUGAAGACAGAAGACACAGCAGAGGCUGUCCAUUGCCUUCUGGGAUGGCCAAGAACUGGGACUUGGAUGUUUUUAGACAUUUCUAUCUAUUUCUCAAGCCUCAACUGCCCCAAGCCCUUCAGCAUGGAUCUUGGCCAUCCCUAGCUCCUGGUCUCCCACCCAGAAUUCCUUACUUGGUCUCUCACUUCCACAAAUCCACAGACUGUGCCAAUAGAGCAGAUUGUACCAUGCCUUUGAUAGCCAUGGGAGAGCUCAUGUAACACACAGCAGUGAGAACACUCACGAGAGCUCAAAUAGAGGAAUUGGGGGCUGUGAGUGCAAACAUGGUGGCUUUAAAGGGUGGGGCACAAAUGUAGAGAUGARCAAUGUUUCAGAUCUCUCAGACUGAGGAAGCUUGCAGAAGAGACAAAAAUGGGCCUAUUUAGGUUGGGUAAGCACCAUUGCCUUCAGUGAAAUAAAACUGAGCCAAUACUGAACUGCUUCAUCUAUUUAAYCAACAUUGGUGAUGUGACCUUCAUAUGACACAAGAACAAAUACAAGAAGUCYAAAGGCAUAAGAAUGACUGAAGAACUUGUAAAUAUUUAAUGCAGAGCUAAAAAAUCUACCUAAUAGACAGUGUAUGCCUGAUUUUCAGCCACAGCCAGCUUCUUUUUUUAGGCUGGAUAAUAGGAAACUCUACUCUUUUCCUCUAUAAUACAUGCAUGGUUUCAGGACAGCCAUUGAUCAAUGUCUCUGUUAUCUGAAUGAAUAAAGACUUA